UGAUUUCAGACAUGGGCUCGGUAUAAAUAGGUGCUCACCUGCUGCUUGUAACACACAUCAUCCUAGAGCUCUCCCUACCACUGCCAGAGACAGCAAUACAGCUAUCAGGUAUCAUGCGGUCGACAUUGUCCCUCUGCUGCCUGGCUCUUCUGUGCUUUGCCCUGGCAGAAGGUGCCCUCAGAAAACCAAAGAAGACAGCGCCAGCCCCUGAUGCCACUGCCAAUGCCACACCCAAAGCUGAGCCUGAGGAUUCCGGUACCCCUGUAACAGUCCCCAAGACUCUGUCCCGAGGAUGGGGUGAUUCCAUCAACUGGGUGCAGACCUACGAAGAGGCUCUUGCCAGGUCCAGAGAAACAAAGAAACCCUUGAUGGUAAUUCACCAUUUAGAAGAUUGUCCUUACAGCCAAGCUCUGAAGGAGGCAUUUUCUGCAGAUCCCAUGGCACAGAAACUGGCUCAGGAGGAUUUCGUAAUGUUGAAUGUUGUGCAUCCUGUAGCUGAUGAUAACCAGUCUCCAGAUGGACAUUAUGUUCCUAGGAUUAUAUUUGUCGACCCAUCAAUGACCGUCAGAACAGACCUUGCUGGUAGAUAUGGAAACAGACUCUACGCUUAUGAAGGUGGUGAUAUUCCUGAAUUGGUCACAAAUAUGAAGAAAGCUAAAAUCCUUCUGCACACUGAGCUGUGAGCAUUACGUGUAGAGUGAAUAGUGCAUCAGAUAUGACCGUGAUGCAUGUAGAAUCUUCUCCAAGAAGAAAUCAGCAGAAACCCUUCAGAACCAUUUCAUUCAACCCUCUAAAAUAUCUCAUCUGUGCAAUGGACCUGAACAGCUCUCUCAAGCCCUUGAUCAUCCAUACAGCUCUGGAAAGCUCAAUUCCCACAAGUCCCUGUUCUAUAAAGACUACAGUAUAUCCCAAUUCAUGUGUCAAGCCCACCUCUCUACCCAAGAAGAUUUCAAUAUGGCCAGUUUUUCUCAUGUUUGUUUCCACACGCCAUUUUCUGCUAAUCCACAACUUGAUAUUGACUGUAGCUUUACAUCACUAACUUUUCUAAUUUCCCACUUUCUUAUAGCACUCCUCUCCAGUGCUAUAGCUGUUUAACAAUAUAUGCAUCUCACUGGCGGUCUAACAAGUAAAACCAGUAGCACUGAGCUUUUGUCUUAUAUGAUCUGGUGAACCAGCAGCCCUCUUAUACCUCAUUGAAUGCCACCUUCAGUUUCUGUUUCCUAUGUAUCACAAACUAUUAUGGACUGUCUCGGGUUCCAUAGUUAAUUAUGAGCAGUAUUGCUGCUUCUCCUUCCUUACACACUGCUGUAUUUAUUAAAACAUUGUGUAUCUUGUAGAUUCUCUACUCUACUGAUACAUACAGUUUGCCAAAAUUGAUUACUACGCCAGAUAAUCUGCAUACAUUUUAUUACACAUACAAUACCCUGGAGCUCACAGGUCAACUGCUCUAUAACGUUAUACAUUUUAUACUAAAUAUUUACUGUUUGUUUGUAAGUUGAAAUAAUAAAUUUGUUUUAUCCAAAAAAAAUA